ACAAAACCUUUACCGGAAAAAAGAUGCAAUAAGAAGAGGAAGUAGAAAAUUGAGAAAUAACAAGAAAGGCAAUAAAUAGGGUGCAUAGCAGAUUCUCUCUUGCUCUCGCUCCUCUGCCCUCACUCCUGGAAAGGCAGUAUCUGUUUAGUUUUGCGUCUAAAUUUAAACCUUGAUUGCUUUGUCUCCCUAAACACCCGCUCUCCCCACCCUCCCUUCCUCUCCUCCCCCUGCCCCCCUCCCAGUCUUUACUGCAGGCCACAUAGGACUCUUGACAGUUUCUAAGCUGAGCUGGAACUUGGAUUUUAACACUCCCAAGCAGUCUGUUCUUCUUUUUUUCUUUCCUUGCCUGUGUCAGAAGCUUUGAACAGAGGAAAUAAGGAAAAAACAAACUAACAAACAAAGAACGGGAUGGGGGAAGAAAUACUUCCCAAGACCAUCCCACACCUGCACAACAGAGAGGACAAACCGUCAGAGACCAGGAUGAUGGUGGAAAAGCACACAACUCCAUCUGUGGCACAGCUAGCAGGAAAAUUCCAAGAGCUACCAUCACUUUCUGGAAAGGAGAUCCCAGCUACUAAACCAACACGCAGAAAGCCACCUUGUUCUCUUCCCCUGCACACGAAUAAGAUAGAGCUAGGACAGAAUGGUGAGCUAAAGCCGUCCCCGAAUGCUUCUUGUCCUGUAAGGAUAAAGCCCAAAAGCUCUCCUCUCAUUGAAAAAAUGCAGGCCAAUUUGGCACUUGCUCCAACUUCCAUGCUGUCAGGAGCUUCUCCUAAAAGCCCUGGGCUAAAGGCAAUGGUGUUUCCAUUUAACAGUCCACCACCUACCCCUGUCAGCCCACAGACUCAUUCAAGUAAUCCUGAUGAAUCUCCAGUUAGUUUUGAUCAACCACCAGAAGGCAUUCAUCUUCAGUUUUAUAAUAAGGUAAGGACACGAGGAUCAAUAAAACGUAGACCACCUUCUAGAAGGUUUCGAAAAUCACAAUCAGAAUAUGGAGAUGACCUAGAUAUAGGGGUGACAGUUUCACCUCAAGAAAAUGGUUCCAAAGCUGAGGAGGAGGAGGAGGAGGUAGGUGUGUUUAUGGACAAGAAUAAAACUAUGAAGCCCUCACUUGCCCCUGUAAGUGGCAUAGACCAUCAGGAGAAACAAGAUCAGGUAGCUUCUGAUGAAAAAUCCCUAUCUGAUCUAGGAACUGGUAGAUCAGAAAACAAGGAGCAAGAAGUAGAUACAGAAAAAGUAACAAAAUUCAAAGAUAGCCAAGAAGUGGAUACAGAAAAAGUAACAAAAUUCAAAGGCAGCCAAGAAGUGGAUACAGAAAAAGUAACAAAAAACAAAGACAGCCAGGAAGAGAAGACAUACCAGAACCUUUCGGAGGAGAAGCCAACUGAGACUGUGAACAAUGACAAAGAGAAGAAUCCAGAUGUUGAUACUGCAGAAGAUACAAAAAGAAAACCAUGGAAGUGCAAUGCUUCUGACCUGGAAAACACUUAUAAAGAAAAGAGGGGGGAAAAAAUAAAUGGAAGUGAAGAUUCACAGCAGGAAUCAAAUAUAGAAGAUACUGGGACUUCACAACCUGCUAUAGACAUGAAACUAUUCUGAACCCCAGGAAAUGGUACUACUAUAAUUACUAAGCCCAUGAUAAAUUGGAAACCAAUUAUUAGAGUUCCCAUUUCAGUGCUUGCUUAUAAAAGAGAACAGACUAUUUCUUAAAUGAAAACACCAAAGAAACCUGAAUUACUACUCUUUGCUGAGGCAAAUCAGAUCAUCUGGGAUGGACAGCAGCCUUACCAAGCUCUUUAAGUUUCUCAAGCUUGGGGACAGGCCAAAAGCAGAUUUUGGAGAUUGUCCUCUAUUGAAUGGAGGAUUGCAACAGCUGCUGAGUGUUGUUGUUGUUCUUGUUUAAUGGAAAGAACUAUGAUGCAUAUUAAUUACACUUUCUGAUUAAAGUUGAUAUUUUGACAUAUUUUCUGGCCUGUAAACUGUAAUUAUCCUACAUGCAUAUUCAUUAUACCAGUGUUUCUCAACCUUGGCAACUUUAAGUUAUGUGGACUUCAACUCCCAGAAUUCCUCAGCCAGCCAGACCAGCUAGGGAAUUCUGGGAACUGAAGUCCACAUAUCUUAAAGUUGCCAAGGUUGAGAAACACUGCAUUAUACGGUCAUCCACAGGGCCAUAAAAAACCAAUCCCUUCUGGUUUGCUUAGUGGCUAUGGAAUAAUUUGUAUAUGUGGUAAAGGAGGAAAAAAAUCUGAUUUGCUACAACAAACCAUACCUUCUGAGUUUUUCUGAGUUUGCUGUUAAACACAGGAGAAAGCUAUGGCUGGAUUCAGCAAUGUAGUAAUCAUAAAUAGAUUUAGCCACAUUAUUGCUAAGCCAUUUGAUUAAUAGACCAUGGCUUAUGGCUUAGCAUGUGCAAACUCAGCCAGUAUGGCUUAUUUAGCAAACAAUAGAUAAAUAAACCAUAGCUUGGUAUGAUGUGUGUAUUAAAUUUGUGGAUAUUUUUAUACAUGAAUGUUACAUUAACUUUGAGCCUCUUGUGCUAUUUAUCUAAUUCCCAUAUAUUUAAAAUGUAGAAGAGUUAUUUAUAAUGUAAAUUAGAGUUCUUCCUGAUGUCUUUUAAAAAACGUAUUACUGAAUUGAAUGAAGCAAUAACUUCUUUAAAUCUCACAUGCUAAAAUAUCCCACAUCUUGCAGAAGUCUGCUCUUCUCUUUAAAGAUGCCAGCUCUGGCAAUUGCUUAAGUAGACAUCCAAUUAUUUUAGGAAAUAGGAAUAGAAUCGAAAUAGAAAUAGGAAGCACUAGAUCAUGCCCCCUGUUACAUGGACCUGUUUUUAGAAAAGCAGCUCCUAGUCAAACAUGAGAUCUGUAAGAAAUAGAUCUGGAGAGAAAACAUAUAAUCAAUAAAUUAGGGAGCAACAAGUUAAAUAUAUCUCAAUUUGCUGUUUACCUGUGCAUUUCUGAACGUCACACAGUUCUGCUUGGGGUCACUAAGGGAUGAAAGCAUAUACUUACUAAUAUGAAUACUGUAGGUGAAGCUAAUUGGAAGGAAAUCGUUUGCUAUGCUGCCUCAGAACUUUGCCUAGGUCUGCAAAUACUGUAUUGCCCAUACAUUAUACGUUUCACAGAAAAGUGAACAUGGAGCAGUGGUCUAAAGAAAGCACAGCAUCAUUUUCUGAAUCGCAAGAACAUCACUGUAUUGCAGCAAGCAGGGAGAUUUGAGAAACAAUGUUCCCAAACUGUGAUUUGCAGAUGACCUUCUAAAAAACAGAAUGGCUUCUAACUGAAGGAGCUAGAUAAUUUUGUUUUGUUUUUUUAACACGACUAAAGUCUCAGUAUUAUCAUAGCGCAUGGUGCUCAUCUCAGAAGACAGCACACUGUAAACUGUUAUCUCUUCCAAAAAGCUUUCUUCAACAGAAACAUGCAGUAGUUUCAAAAACAGUCAUAAAGCUUCAGGACAUAAUAUGGUAUAUUAAAGAAGAAUAGUUUUGCAAUUGAAGAAGUCCAUUUAUACUAAAUGGCCAGUUUAAUGCUCUGUGAAUUUCUCAAGUAGGUAUGAUGGAGAUAAUAGAUUCUUGUUGAUUGUACCAUUAAUCUAGUAUGUACUACUUUCUGGUUGUCAUGGAAAAUAGUAAUUGAUAUUUUAUAUUAAUUAAUAUUUAUGUAACCUAUGCAUCAUGACAUUCUGCAAAAUGAAUUUUCUUAUGUAAUUAUGAUUUGUGUAAAAUAUUUUUGUUGUUCAUCUUAAAUGAUAUUGUGCAUUCAUUUAUUAUUUGGUCCAGACAUCUAACAUUUCCAGACAGAGAAUGUUUCUUUCUGUCUGUUCUUUUCCCAUACAGCAAAGAUACAUCCCAUGUUGAUGGUCCAUUGUUUUGUUCACUGCUUUUAUAGAACAAUAGAUGUAGAUGGAAUGGCUGGAUUAAUUUUUUUCUUGCUUCCAUAUUCAUAAUAGAUGCACUGCUGGCUGUGCCUUGGCUAAAUCAUGAACCUGAUGAACACUGUAGAGUUCUUUGUGUUUGUUUUAUUAAACCAUCUCAGAUAGUAAAA